AUGCCUGCUAAACGCCGGAUCUCUAACGUCGCAGCGGACGGUCCCGAGAACGACUCUGUCCAGCGGACAAAAUCGCGCAUCUCCUCUCCCGCGCCCUCCCUCCCUUCGACACCAGCGGUAUCACAGAGCCUCCCCUACCCAUCCACCUCCCAGCCUGCUGCCCGCACCGUCCCCUUCCAGCAGCCGCUCCCCCUGCUCACGUUCUCCUACACCCCCGCGCACGAGCUUGAGUUCACCGACUCCGGCAUGCGCUACUACCGCGAUCCGCCGCGCGGCGCGGAUCUCGGGAACGCGUACGAGCGGUGGGUGCGGCGCGGCGAGGAGAAGGGCCGGAUCGACUCGCUGCUGAGGGCGUACGCGAAGGUGCGUAGGGAGAACACCGCGGGGAUGGCGGGCGUCGACGUGGGCGUCGUCAGCUGGCGCGGGGUCAUGACGAAGAUAUUGACGGCGCCGUAUGAGGAGCGGGACGGGUGGGAGUUGAACGUCAUGCUCGUGGAUGGCGUGCUAUACUUGGAAGAACAUGUGAGCGAUGCACGAUUGCAAGAAAAGAACGACAUGCCUGCCAACCAACGGCGGCAGAUGUACUACGGGUACGCGUUCGAGUCGUGGUGCACUGCAUCCAGCCCAUCGUCUCCUCCCGGAUGGGGCGGAGACGUCGACACCAACGUCCAAUGGUGCAGCGUCGUGAAGACAAAGAUCGGCAGCACGAGGUUGGUGAUCGGGGGUGAAGUCGACUGCGUGCGAGAUCGCGCUUGCGUUCGCUCAUCCGAUGCAGGCGGGUACAGCGGCAAGAACGACACGAUGGUCGAGCUCAAGACGUCCAUGAACAUUCGCGGAGCGCAGGACGAAGCGCGGUUCGAAAAGAAACUGCUCAAGUUCUACUUCCAAUCGUUUCUUCUGGGCGUGCCGGAAAUCGUCGUCGGGUUCCGUACGCCCAAGGGCCAGGUGACCACGGUGCAGUCGUUCAAGACAAUGCAACUGCCCCGGAUGAUCCGCGGCAAACCGGGCGCCUGGGACGCACAGGUGUGCCUCCAAUGGGGGGACGAGUUCCUGUCUUGGGUCCGAGGAAGUGCGGGCGCGCGUCCCGGAGGCGAUGCUGAAACUGCCGGGAGCGCGCGCGCGCGUGUGUGGCGCGUGAGGUUCACGCCCCGAACGGGCGUUGACAUGGCGUUACUGGACAGGGCCGGGGUGGAGGAAGUGGAAGCGGGCGAGGACAGGGUCGGGUUCCUCCCGGGAUGGUACUGGGAGGAGCUGUUGGAGAAUAGAGCGGCCGGGGCCAGGCGCGCAGAACGGGUGCGCGAGGGGCCGGUGGGGGCGGGGAAUGGAGGAGUGACGCACGGGGCAGGGACGUCAUCGAGCGCUGUUCGGUCUGGCUGGUGCAUAUGAUGUCGGUGUGUAAUUACGGGGUGUGGGAGACGCGGUGUGUGUGCGUGUGUGCUGUUUCGAGGCAUGCGCGUGCGAUGCUCAUGGACGA